UUUUAUUCUGUUACAUUCAUUUAAAAAGCGAAGGUAGCGUUGUUAUUUAUAUAGAUACAUAUGUAUAUUUUUAGUAAUACAUAUAGUUGUAUGUCUUGUGUUAGGCCGUACACUGCUUUUGUUGCGCAAUGAAGGGUAAAAGUAGUUUGAGUAUUCAAAAGUAAAGUUUAUUACUGUUGCUGAAUAAUAAAUGAUAAAUGAUAAAUAAAUGAUAAUAAAUGCUCACAUAAACUUAUGAGCACUGAUGUUUGUCAGAUGUUUCUGCUGAAAGUCCUCGGCAGUUUUUCUGGGAAGUAUUUCCAGGAAAGGCACACACAAUGAUCCAGUAAUAUGAGCGGAAAUGUGUCAUAGCAAGCUGAGUACUAUAAGUUUUCAGCAUGUCGAAACAUCCACAUAUUCAUUGCUUGACUCAGAAUUAUAUAAACCGUUGCCACCUUUUAACCGCAUUUUGCGACCAUUUUAGGAGACGGUUUGACUAAACUUGACAAGUGAGAGCAGAAGUACGACUUGUAAAUGUGAUCCACGACUCGGGUCCAGUGUUGUAUCGACCAGCACCGACCACCAUAUGUUUAUUUUCCAUGUCGUCAUAUUUAGUCGCGCUGCUUUUCUACCCUCUGUCCUUAUCUGAGCCUAAAGCAAGUUAUCUGGUUUUACUAGACCUAAAAUCCGCUGUCUCCUUAAGGUCUUACGACGGUGUUUAUCAACUCGGAAGCUGUGGUUCAGAGGAGCAGAGAAUCAUUUUACCUGAAACAUGUCUUCAUCUGUAUCAUCUACGACGGGAGGUGUGGUGGUGGUCACCCAUGUACACCCAACGCCUCAGAGUGCUGAACCCACACAUCCUGUGGGCAUCCAGAAGUUCAGCAGGGCCUCGCCGAUGGCGCUUGGGACAGUUCAGAUCAUGAUCGGCCUGAUGACUCUGCUGUUUGGGAUCGUUUUCAUGGCUCACGCAGAUACAGUGGGAGUUUACAGUGGCAUUUUCAUCUGGGGAGCUGCAAUUCACAUUCUAGCUGGAUCUCUGACAGUGGCUGCUGGGAAAUCUCUGAACCGCUGUCUGGUGAACGGCGCUCUGGGUGUCAGCGUCUUAGCAGCAGUUGUUUCCUGUAUUGCAACCAUCCUCCAUUCUCUGGAUGCUUCAGGGAUUACGUGGAGGCCAUGCUAUGACUACUCUAAUCUCCGGGAGGGAGGGAUGAAUUAUGACUGCCUCUUUUAUCAGGCUCGGACACAAGGAGUUUUGGGGGUCUUGAUUGUUUUCAACUUAUUGGAGUUAAUUGUUUCAAUCACCGUCGCAGGAUAUGGCUGCUGCGCCUCUUACAGUGAAGAGGAAUCAUCAGUGGUUUUUGUAUCUGCAGAUGCUUCACUGACUAGACAUGCUCCACCCAGUGCACUUUUCCUCAAAGACAUUGAGCCACCAGAAGAACCACUCUACCAUAACCAGUCAAUGCUGCUGUCAUCAGCUGAAGAGUCAGUCUAAACUGACCAUCCUGUGACAAAAUGCUCUUUUAAUCUUAACUGAAAGAUAAUAUAAGAUGAGAAUCUAAAUUCAAUGUGUCAUUCAUAACCCAACAUUUGUAAAACUAAACAUCAGACACAUGAUUGUGUGUAUAUCUGAUGUCAUGCAAACAAAAAGCUUUGUUUAAAAAAAGUGCUAUCAUUCAGAGAUGAUUAAACUGUUUGCUAAAGACUGCA